AUAGCCACAGCCGAACUCCCCCUUUUAGUCGAUGCAUCUCACGAACGGAGCAGAGAGGAGCAGCAGCAGCUGUUGCUAAUUGUUGCGUCUCCGUACGUAAUCCCGUCCUCGUGCAAGCGAGGUUUAGUAACGCAGCGGCCAAGUUAGGAGUUCUCUUCGGGGCUCUCUCCUCGACCGCGCUCACGAGUUCCGUCUGGGACCCGAGCUCUCUCAAAAUCAGGAGCCAAUUCCCAUCUCUUGGGAUUUUGUUAACCAGUGAAGCAGUAUUUUCGGGCACCAUGGGGCUUCACUCGCUAUGCGCCAUGGGCUGCCAGACCCCUUCAUCUUCGGUUCUCGCUCCGUCAUCGUCUCUCGUCCAUUCGUCGCUACCCAGUUCCUCUCGCCCUUCUCGUUCCUCUGGCUCCUCUCGUCAAGUCAAUUCUCACCGCACCUCGUCCGCGAUUCCCUCCUCCCAUGCCACUUCCUCCGCGUUUCACGGCGAGUUUCACGGCCUGCACCAUCACCAGCUCUCGCGCAACCCCUCCGCCUUCUCCCUCUCGCACGCGAAGGCCUUCGACGAAGCUUCUGACCGUCAAAUCAAGUUUCCAGCUCACUCCGCAGGACGCGAACGCGACGGCGGCUAUGGCGGCGGCGGUUGCGGCAAGCGCGCGGUGGUGACAGCUGUCUUCGAGCGAUUCACGGAGCGCGCGAUUAAAGCCGUCAUGCUGGCGCAGGCGGAAGCUAAGGCUAUCGGGCGGAAAGAGGUCGCGACGGAGCAGCUCCUAUUGGGUCUUAUCGCGGAGGAUUUCGCGAGCGCCGGAAAGCCCGGCGGGUAUCUCGGCUCGGGAAUGACUAUCAGCAGCGCAAGAGAUGCCGUCCGCGCAAUGAUUAGGGACGGCCGGCUGCCUGCCGCGGUUGGUCUGCCGGCUGGCAAGCCGGCUUCCGAGGUGCCGUUUUCGGCCGGCAGCAAGCGGGUGUUUGAAAAAGCGCUGGAAGAGUCGCGGAAGCAUCGCCAUAACUUCAUCGCGCCGGAGCAUCUGGCGGUGGCGCUGGUGCAGGUUGAACACGAGGGGGCGCAGCUGGUGAUCGAGAGCCUGGGAGCGAGCAAGCAUCGGCUGCAGCAGGCAGCGCUGGCGCGGCUCAAGGGCGAGCUCGAUAAAGACGGCCGCUCGUCUGAGUCGCUCUCCAACCCCUCCUCUCGGCCUGCCAGCAGCAGCAGCGCUCAGCCUAAGGCAGUCAGCCAGGCAGCGAACAAGGGGCGCGGAAAGAAAGCCCAGCAGAGCGCUUUGGAGCAGUUCUGCACGGACCUAACAGCCAGGGCGGUGAAGGGGGAGAUUGACCCUGUGAUUGGAAGAGAGGAGGAGGUGGCUAGGGUGGUGCAGAUCCUUGCUCGUCGCACCAAGAACAACCCGCUGCUGCUGGGGGAGCCAGGGGUGGGCAAGACGGCCAUAGCAGAGGGGCUGGCUCUGCGCAUUGCUGAGAACGACGUGCCUCGGUUCCUGCAGGGAAAGCGGCUCUUAUCUCUCGACAUGGGGCGGGUGAUGGCAGGAGCGAAGGAGCGGGGCGAAUUAGAACUGAGGGUUACUUCCCUCGUGGCAGAAGCGGUGGCGGCUGCAGGCGAGGUGGUGCUGGUGAUCGACGAGGUGCACACGAUGGUGGGCGCGGGAGCCGUGGGGAGGGGCAGGGACGGAGGGGGAUCGGGCCUUGAUAUCUCCAAUCUGCUCAAGCCGGCACUCUCCAGGGGGCAGAUUCAGUGCAUCGCCACUACGACCACCGCUGAGUUCCGCAAGCACCUGGAGAAGGACAAGGCUCUGGCCCGGCGGUUCCAGCCAGUCACAGUGGACGAGCCCUCAGAGGAAGCUGCGCUAGCAAUCCUGCGAGGGCUAAGGCACCUAUACGAGGCCCAUCACAAGUGUGUGAUCACAGACACUGCACUAUUAGCAGCCGUCUCCCUCUCGUCUCGCUUCAUCCCCGACCGCUGCCUGCCCGACAAGGCCAUCGAUCUGAUCGACGAGGCGGGCAGUCGGCUGGCGAUAGAGGGCGGAAGGCAGAGGAGGAAGGGGGGCAGUGGGGUGCUGCAACAAAACCCGGAGGAGUACUGGCGAGAGAUUCGGAUGGCUCAGGCUGCUCACGAUGCGGCGCACGCACGGCAGAACCCCUUCACCUCGCUCACCUCGUUUCUCUCGUCUGACAACCACACCCACGCCGACACCACCACUGCUGCUGACGCCGCUGCUUCUGCUGGUCGUGCCAAGGCCAGCAAGGGGGACAGUAACAAGGAGGACAGUCCGAUCGAAAUAACAUCGGAGCACAUAGCGGCAGUGGCGUCCCACUGGACCGGCAUUCCCCUGCAGCAGCUCACCACAUCCGAGCAGCAGCAGCUGGCAGGGCUGGAAGAGGCUCUGGAGACCCGGGUGGUGGGGCAGCAGGGGGCAGUGAGGGCCAUCGCACGGGCGGUGCAGAGGGCGAGGGUGGGGCUGAAGGAGGAGCGGAGGCCCGUGGCUGCUCUCAUGUUCUCGGGGCCCACCGGGGUGGGCAAGACUGAGCUCUGCAAGGUGCUGGCGGCGCACUACUAUGGAUCGGAGGACUCUCUGAUUCGUCUAGACAUGUCCGAGUACAUGGAGCGCCACGCUGUCAGCAAGCUGAUUGGAGCGCCGCCCGGAUACGUGGGGUACGGGGAGGGCGGCAAGCUCACCGAGGCUGUCCGGAGGCGGCCGUUUUGUCUGAUUCUCAUGGAUGAGAUCGAGAAGGCGCACCCUGACGUCUUUAAUAUACUGCUGCAGAUCUUUGAGGACGGGCGGCUGACAGACUCUCAGGGCCGCCACGUGUCGUUCAAGAACGCCCUGAUCGUCAUGACGUCCAAUGUGGGCUCCCAGACCAUCGCCAGGGGCGGCUCCCACCGCAUCGGGUUCCUCAUGCCAGGAGGGGAUGGGGAUGGCGAUGUGAAGGGGGGAGUAGGAGGGCAGGCGGAUGGCGGGCGGUAUGCGGCGAUGAGGGAGGUGGUGGUGGGCGAGCUGAAGGCGCACUUCCGGCCCGAGCUGAUGAACCGCAUCGAUGAAGUGGUGGUGUUCCGAGCACUCGAAAGGGAGCAGAUCCGAGUGAUUGCGAGCAUGAUGGUGCGCGAGUCAGCUGACAGGCUGGCCCAAAGGGGAAUCAACCUGGAGGUGUCAGAGGCAUUGAUGGAGCGAAUCUGCGAGGAGGGGUACGACAGGGGCUAUGGUGCCCGCCCGCUGCGACGAGCCGUCACACGAUUGGUCGAUGACCCGAUCAGCGAGGCUGUGCUGGCGGCGGGCGGCAGCAGCAGCCUCCACAGCCACGUCAGCAGCAGCACUGAUGUCCUGUCAGAUUCGCUGCCAUCUGUCCCGUCUGUUCUGCUUCCCAAGAUUUCCGCUGAUGUGGCGAAUGCCCCAGCUCAUGCUGACAUCAGCGCAUUGCUGGGUGACAUCAGUGGGGUGAGGGAGGGCGUGUUCACAGCUGGCGACACAGCAUUGGUGGAUGUGGGGGAGGGUGGCGAGCCUGUGGUGAUUCGACUGCCUCGCCCCAACGUGUGUGAGAUGGGGCUGUGCCUGCCAUUCCUUAGGCUCCCCGCUCCCGUCACCCCCUCCCUCUCCCUGCCGGACUAAGGGGAGGGUGAAGGGCAGAACAGAGGAGAGGUGGAGGGUUGUAGAUAAAUGGCAGGAGAAUAGGAGGGAGGAGCGGUUGGGGUUGUAUAUAAUGGAGGUGUGUGGGAUGAGUGCCUGGAGGCACGUUUGCUUAGAGUCGAGCCGACUCGAACGCAAGGGGGAGGAGGGAGGAGGGACGGGUUGUAUAUAGGUGUGGGUUGGGUGGGAUUUGUACCAAGCAGGGCCUCAGAUAGGAAUUCUGGCAUCCUGAUCACUCAGGGCUGACCGCUUCUAUGCAUACUGAUUCCUCAGGGUGAUUCCCAAGUUCUAUACUAAGGUCCUAGGGUAAAUUCUGGUACGCUGAAAAACUUG